UCUUAUCUGGAAGACCAUCUCCACUCAGGGUUCAUAAGUUGCUAGGAGCUUCCUUAAACAAUGGAGUUUGUGACUGUAGGGAAAUGUAGGAAAAACCACUUCUUGGAAAAAUCAAAAACAACUUUGGGAGAGAAACGAAACCGGUGUAGAGAAAAAGGAAAGUAAAUCCAAAUAAAAAAUAAAAGAUGACCAGGGAGGAAGGGGUGGGCUCGUAGAUGUUAACUUAACAUUGGAAGCUUGUUUGCUCUCGGUCAGAAAUGAAAGCAACAUCGCAGCACCUUCAGCGACUCGUUUGGACAUCGAAGCCCUGAAAGAGAAGCCAGCCCGCUCCUGAGCGUGGAAAAACGUAUGCAUUAUGCAAAGCGGUUGCCUCCACUCACGGGGUGCACACAGCGGUUAUGGAAGAAGCAGAAGACCUGCUUGAAUGCCAAAGAGCUGCACCAAAAGGGGGUCACUGAAGCAUGGGUGCAAAAGAAACUGUGGAUUCAGCAUGUGCAUGAAUGAGUACCACGUGCUUUACUGAGGGCAUUGGCUCCAUAUGUAUUAAAGCCGCUAGGAAUAAAAAUACCAUAAAAAUAUGAUUAUUUCACAAGCAGAACUCGGUCAGUUUUGCCGAGUCUGCUUUGUUUUUUCUUGAUUUUUGUUUUAUGUUUUUCUGCAAUAUGCAUUACUCUUUUCAGUCUUCUUGGCUUUUGCGGGGGUUGUUAAACAGAGAGUCAGGCUCCGAAUGAGCACAACCCAGAGUCCUCACUGAAAAAAUGGGUUUCCCGAUUAUGAUGAUUUUUGCUAAAAAAGAAAGAAGGAAACAAUGAGCUUCCUAAUGAGACUGCUAUAACGUUUCCACGUCAGCUCUCAGCCCCAGAGGGUUUCAGCAUCUCUGUUUUUGGAGGAGGAUUCAGGCUUGCAGCAGACGUGGAUUCUGGAAUCCGAAUCAAAGGAGGGUCAAACAAGGAGUGGUUUUGUGUGUGCACAGCACCCACACACCCCGGCCACACAUCAGUGUAAUGUUGUUGCUCUGAGGAGGGCUGGUCCACAAGCUGCUGAAAUCAGUGGGGGAUCCCCUGGACUGCAGCAGGAUUUGGAUCAAGCUCUUAUUGCUCAGCAUUCCCCGACGUCCUGACUAUGCAACACAAUGGGGAACGCCCCACCUGGCAGCAAUGACGUGGCCCCGAGGGAUCUUCCUCCUCUGUUGUUUUUGGCCUUCAGACCUGGCCCAAAAGCCACCAGCCCUACAGACAGUCAUGAUGAGCAUGAUGCCUGAUGCUUUUGAUGACCAGUACAUUGGGUGUGCCAAAGAAAUGGAAACAGAAGCACCAGCCCUGACGAAGAAAGAGUUGGAAAAGUCCUCGCUAUUGAAACAUGUGUGGAAAAAUUCAUCAAUACAGUGGGAAAAAGUGAGGGAAUACCUUUACACAGAUCUCCCCAAAGGCUUUAAGGAAGAGCAUGGAAGAGCAAUUAUAGCCUACACUGACAAUUUUCUACGCAGUCAGUUGAAUAAGGCAGUGCAGGAGUCUGGUGCCUCUUCGGAUGCCUACCACACCCAUUUCCACUUCAAAGCCUUUCAUUACUACCUGACAAGAGCUUUACAGCUCCUAAGAAGGGACUGCAACCUGAUGUAUGAAAUACCAGUGUACAGGGGAGUUCACCACAUUAAAUACCAGCACAAUGGCUCUGCUCCCAUCAGGUUUGGAUACUUUGCCUCUUCGUCUUUUGAAAUCAAAACGGCUGAAGAAUUUGGCAAGGACACAUUCUUCACCAUCCACACUUGCUUCGGGGUGCCAAUCCUGUACUUUUCCUACAUUUUGAACGAAAACGAAGCACUAAUCCCUGUUAAUGAGAUAUUCAAUGUGUUCCCAGGAGACAGUGGGAACAACAGCUUUGUUCUCCGGAGCACCAACCGGACCUGCAGCCAUUUCAACUGCACCUUCUUGGGUUAUGAGAAGAAAACGGGCUGUGAAUACAACGCUGCUGAGAGACAAGGAAUUGCCUUCCAGCUCCAGAUGAGCCCCUCGCUGUUUGGAGGAUCCAUUGUCCUGGUCAAUGCUGCUGCUCUCCAGCUGUUUGCUGCUUUCUAAGUGUUCAGACCCUUCCUUUUUCCUCCUGAAACAAGUCUUUCUGAGAGAGCCAUGAGGCACGUGCCUCCUCUGCUUCCAUCUCAGUGCUUCAAGGGGAUGUCGGGGGACAAUGACUGAUACCUGCUCACACCAGCUUUGAUUAUAUUCUGCUCUUAAUGACACCACAUUGAGAAGCGUGCUUGCUUUCGGUGGGACCUGCCCACAGGGCAAAGGCAAGGCCAUAUGGAAGCUAAACAAAUCACUUCUUGUAAUCCCAUAUGCAGUUUGAUGACCACAUUAAAAGACUGAAACAGUGAAAGCCUUCUGAGCAUUUUGGUUCAUACCAUGAUGUAGCUGCCUGUAGUCCAGUGAAUCUGUAACCACGAUAUUGGAGAAACAGUUCUCUCCAUCAUGUUCAUGUCAAGUUUUCUCCAAAGAUGAGAUGUCUAAUGAGCAUCUCUGUAGGCCAUACGUGGACCAUAGGCCAUGUGCAGCUUGGGCCACAGAUUAUGUAGGCUGUGUCGUGAGUUGGGCCUAGGUAGCAUGUCCUCUGAGCAUGAGCCAUAAACAGUGAAGAGGUGCACUGACAUAAUACAAUGAAAUGGAACAGGGUUGGUGUAGCUCCAAUGCAUAGCCCAAUAUGAGAAACCCUGUGUUAAGUCUAUAAUUGUGGUUAAGCCAUGUGACUUUGGACUUGGCUGAAGCUCAGUCAAAAAAAGGUUCUAAAUCAGGAAGAGUCAGCAAAAUGUUUCAUCUAUGCAGAUGACCUGUGAAUAAUAGUCCAAAACAGUGCCUUUGAUCAUGAUGAAAAAACCCUAAAAAGGCAGGAAUUGACCUAACCUCAUACAACAUUGAUAACCAAUUACGCACCAACCCAGAGAAAACACAAGCAUGCGCCUUUCAUCUGAGGCCAAUUUGCAGCUCAACAUUACAUGGUCCGGGACCCCACUAUCCCAGUGUUCACAUACAGUUUAGUCUUGGAGUCACUCUCGAUUGAACUAUCUUAUGCAAAGAACACAUCGUGAAUACAAAAGCAAAGGGGAGCACUUGAAACAGUAUUCUGUAUCAGCUCUCCAACUCAAAAUGGAGAACUAUCCCUCAACCAUCUGAUCCAUUGCUCUGGCUCUCAGCUUCUCCUCUGCUGAGUAUGCA